AUGAAUGAUAUGCUUAGUGCUUUGAGGAAUGAAAAGACAAGAAUAAUUGGGAUUUGCGAGAUGGGAGGUGUGGGUAAAACCACAAUGGUGAGAGAAAUCAUCAAGAGAUUACAAGGAACGAAUAAGCGGUUUGAUGAUGUUGUGAUGUCAACUGUCUCCGCAACUGUAAGCAUUAGGAAAAUUCAAGCUGAAAUUGCAGAGUCACUCGAUAUGAAAUUGGUCAAGGAAAGUGAAUCUAUAAGAGCACUAAGGCUGCAUGAGACAAUCAAGGAUAAAAGAAUCCUGAUUAUAUUAGAUGAUGUAUGGUCAGAGCUUAAAUUACAGGAUGUAGGAAUUCAUUUUGAUGUUGGACCUACAACUAAUCAAAUUCAGGAAGGGUGCAAAAUUUUGUUGACAUCUCGAAAUGAAGAAGUUUGUGAAGUGAUGGGGGUGUAA